AUAAAAUGACACGUUCUGAACUUGAAGCUUCCAAGUUGCGAAAUCAACAAAUUUUUGAAAAACUGAUGAAAGAUCCUGGAGUGAAAAACAAGUAAACUUGAUUCUGAAUUUUGCAGCUUAAAAGUGUGAUUUUUAAAGUCAAUGAACUAGUGAUUGACUGCUAGAAGUUUAUCAUUGUGUUAAAAAAAAAGAAAUUGUGCUCACAAGAAUAAACAUGUCAUCAGCAUCAAGAAGAAGUUUACAAUUAACCCUUGCAAUAUUAAAACCUAAUGUGGUUUCUCAUCCACAUCUAGUUCAUCAGAUUAAAGAACUUAUUCAUCAAAAAGAAUUCUUGUUUAUUCGCUCAAAAAGAAUGCAUCUACCAAGAGCGAGAGUCGAGGAUUUCUACAGGGAGCAUGAAGGGCGAUUUUUUUACAAUAGACUGGUGUCAUUUAUGUCAAGUGGACCAAUCAGUACCCAUAUUCUGGCUCGAGAAAAUGCCAUAGCAGAGUGGAGAAAGCUAAUGGGAGCAACUAAAGUAUUUAAAACUAUACAUGAGGAUCCAAACAGUAUUAGGGGACAAUUUGGUUUGACAGACACAAGAAAUUCAACGCAUGGGUCCGAUUCUGAUGAAACUGCGUUGAAAGAAAUGAACUUUUUCUUUCCAGAAUUUGAUGUUGAAGAUUGGUAUAGGGAGUCUGAGAGACACUUCUUGACUGGUGAUGUGUAUUUUGACGAAGAACAUGAUAUACAUAGAUAUAAACUAAAUCAUGCAAAACUUAAAAGCUAAAAUGAAAGAAGUCUUUUCUUUCUGUUAUUAUGUCAUUGGAAUAACUUGGGUAGCAUGAAUUCUGAGUAAUGUGGAAGUGGUAUCAAAGAAAUAUUAAGUGGUAUUUACUGUUUAGGCCUUUCUUCGGAACAACUUUUGCAUUUCUACAGUACUUAAAUGUAUCAGCAGUUAUAAUCAGAUUCAGUUUAAAUAAGUUAUAAAAAGACUUGGUCACAACUAAUAAAUUUAUGUUAGAUACAUGUACAAAUGUAAAUGACUAUUUCUCUUAUAUUUGUCAGGUUUGUUUAUCAGAUGCUUACAUUGUUUGGAGAAUAAUAUAAAAGAAUUACGUAUCAAUUUCAAAGUAAGCAUAGAAAUAUCUUUCAAAAUUUAUCAUUAUUAAACGCUUGAAAAAUCUUUUUUAGUUUGUCUGUUUUUAGCUCACCUGUCACAAAGUGACAGGGUGAGCUUUUGUGAUCGCUUUUCGUCCAGCGUCCGUCCGUCGUCCGUCCCUCGUCCGUCCGUAAACUUUUACUUUAAAUGACAUCCCCUCAUAAACCACUAAGCCAAUUUCAUCCAAACUUCACAGGAAUGUUCCUUUGGUGGUCACCUUUAAAAAUUGUUCAAAGAAUUUAAUUCCAUGCAGAACUCUGGUUGCCAUGGCAACCGAAAGAAAAAACUUUAAAUAUCUUCUUUUAAAAAACCAUAAGAGCUAGAGCUUAGAUAUUUGGCAUGAAACAUCUUCUAGUGAGUGUCUACCAAGUUUGUUCAAAUAAAAGCCCUGGGGUCAAAAUUGGCCCCGCCCUGGGGGGUCAUUGAUUUUCCCUAUAUGCAUAUAGUAAAAACUUAAAAAAUCUUCUUUUAAAGAACCCAAAGAGCUAGAGCUAAGAUAUUUAGCAUGAAACAUGUUCUAAUGGGUGUCUACCAAGUUUGUUCAAAUUAAAGCCCUGGGGUCAAAAUUGGCCCGGCCCCGGGGGGUCAUUGAUUUUUCCCUAUAUGCAUAUAGUAAAAACUUAAAAAAUCUUCUUUUAAAGAACCCAAAGAGCUAGAGCUAAGAUAUUUAGCAUGAAACAUGUUCUAAUGGGUGUCUACCAAGUUUGUUCAAAUAAAAGCCCUGGGGUCAAAAUUGGCCCCGCCCCGGGAGUCAUAGAUUGUCCCUAUAUGCAUAUAGUAAAAACUUAAAAAAUCUUCUUUUAAAGAACCAAAAGAGUUAGAGCUAAGAUAUUUAGCAUGAAACAUGUUCUAAUGGGUGUCUACCAAGUUUGUUCAAAUAAAAGCCCUGGGUUUAAAAUUGGCCCCGCCCCGGGGGGUCAUUGAUUUUCCCUAUAUGCAUAUAGUAAAAACUUAAAAAAUCUUCUUUUAAAGAACUCAAAGAGCUAUGGCUAAGAUAUUUAGCAUGAAACAUGUUCUAAUAAGUGUCUACCAAGUUUGUUCAAAUAAAAGCCCUGGGGUCAAAAAUGGCACCGCCCCGGGGUGUCAUUGAUUUUCCUUAUAUGUGUAUUGCAAAUACUUAAAAAAUCUUCUUUGAAAAAACCCAAAUAGCUAGAGUUAAGAUAUUAAGCAUGAAACAUCUUUUAGUGAGUGUCUACAAAGUUUGUUCAAAUAAAAGACCUGGGGUCAAAAUCGGCCCCGCCCCGGGGGUCAUUGAUUUUCUUUAUAUGUGUAUAGCAAAAACUUAAAAUCUUCUUUGAAAAAACCCAAAUAGCUAGAGUUUAGAUAUUAAGCAUGAAACAUCUUCUAGUAAGUGUCUACAAAGUUUGUUCCAAUAAAAGCCCUGGCCCGGCCCUAGGGGUGUCAUUGUUUUUAACUAUAUGUGUAUAGUAAAAACUUAAGAAAAAUCUUCUUUUAAAAAGCCCAAUGAUCUAGAGCUUAGAUGUUUAGCAUGAAACAUCUUCUUAUGAGUGUCUUCCAAGUUUGUGCAAAUAAAAACCCUUGGGUUAUAUUGGCCC